GCUGGAGAGUGGAUUUGUUCACGUUCAACGCUAAACUGCUAGUCUGACAGAGACACCAGGGAAGCCCCGCACACCACGAGGUGUCUUUCUGCACCAUUGUUUUUUUUAACGUCAGACCCCCUCUUCGUCCUCCUCCUCCUCCUCCUGCUCUCUUUUCUCUCUGGAUUCUUGCAGCAUUCUUCAUUCAAUGACAUCAACCCUGUUGCCUCUCCUUGUAAGGUGGUGCCUUGGUGACUGAAGUUUGGAUCAGGCAGUGAGACGGCAGCUCCAGGGUCCAAUGAGUGUGAAGCGUCAGAUGGCGUGCCAGUCCAAAAGGAUGGGGAACAACAUGGACGUUCAGAAUUUUCAUGGGAAGGAAUCAAUCUGUCUAUGGAAGACACCACAUCAAUCCUGCCCCGGCUCAAGAGGAACUCAAACGCCUAUGGCAUCGGGGCUCUGGCUAAGUCUUCUCUGUCAGGUGUGUCAGGUGUCACACGCACAAUGAAGGAAAGAGUGACCAAGCCCACAGCCAUGGCCCAGGGUCGUGUCGCUCACAUGAUUGAAUGGCAAAACUGGGGCAUGACGACAGUGGGUUCGGGGAGCGUCCUCCAGUCCCGCAUCACUACCCAGGAGCGAGAAAAGGAGCGGCGGCUGGAGAACGACGCCUACAGUGACCUCAGUGAUGGGGAGAAAGAGGCUCGCUUUGCAGCAGGCAUCCUGCAGCAGUUUGCAAUCUCAGAGGCAACGCUCCUGGCGUGGUCGUCAAUGGAUGGUGAGACUCCGCAGUCAGGAUCAAACCAGGGAAGCGUGGCUCACCUCAGUGAGGUCAACCAGGAGAGCAUCACCAGUCGAGAUCAGAUAUUGCACCACUCCUCAGCGGAGGUGUGGCCUCACACAUACGUCUCCCAGGGCCACUACUGCCUCUCCUCUUCUGACGCUUGGGAGCCCAUCAACAACGAUCCCUCCGUUGUGGCGUCUCCCCCUGCUGGCUCCUACGUUAUGGGUACGGAGGGCUACGAUGGGCAGGCCGCUGCUCACUUCCUGUCUCAGCAACAGCAGCAGCAGUUCACUCUCCAGCAGAGUCAACUACAACAGCUGCAGCAGAUCCAACAGUUUCAGCACUACCACCAACAGCAGCUUCUGCAGUAUCAGCAACAGCAGUCUCUGGAGCACAGGCUACACAGUGCCAACCACUCUUUGCAAGCAACACCCAACAGCACCAUCCACAGUCUGGUUCAUCAAAUUCACCCUCCGCUGGUUGAUCUGUGGAACACGGGGCAGAUGGAAACCUAUCAGGCAGAAGCCGGCGGGUACAUGGGUGUGGCGGCGACAGUGGAGCCAAGCCUGUGCGUUCCCACUGGUGAAGAGAUAGUAGGAACGGAACACUCCCCGCUACUGGAACAGCAGGAGGAGGAGGAGGUCAAGGAAGAAGAUGUGGCACUGUGCAUGGAGCAAGAGUCGGCCACAUUGACUCCACCCACACAACAAGGGGAUGCUUCUGGUGGCAGUAGUCCGGGGCAGCUGCCAGCAGAGCCAAUCACAGAGCGGAAGUUGUCUGAUGUCACUUCUGGUCUCAUUCAGACACUAGAGGAGAAGGAAGAGCCAGAAGAGGGGCCUCCUGCUUCUGUGGCAGCCAACUGAGUUUGUGGCAGACAAGAGACAAAUGAAGAACUGACUGGGGAGUCAGCAAGAAAUGAGCAUAAUAACACAAUAUAUCUCUAUUACUCUGUUCCUUUUCAGGUAUCAAAACCACAACUUUUUUGGUUGCAAGGUCAUUUCUUCAUAAUGGUGAGAAAUAGAUUUGGUGGACUCCCAAUAACAGUAGAGCUGAUGCAACAAUGGACACCUGUUUCUUUGCAAGCCUUACAUCCCAAAGGUAACUGAAGAAAAGACAGAUGAAGGCGGAAGAGAAGCACCAACCGAGUGAAUUAUAUCCACCGGGAAACUGCACUGAGACAAAAAAGAGGGGAAUGGAAACAUGCAUGCUUUUUAUGAGACAAGCAACUCAACCCUGUCAUCAUCUAAUAAUGAUAAUAGAAAUCUAAAGUAAUAAAAAAAUAACAAUAAUUUUGUAAUAAAAGAAACAAAAAAAAGAACAACAAUCUAUGUAUAAGUGUAUGAUAAGAUAUGAGAUUUCCAGUGGGAGAACUACUCUGUUUACAGCUGUUAUUCAACACAUAAGAUAGAGUUUAGUCAAAUUUAUUUCCCCAUUGCAUCAAACACAUGCACUAUACUUUACAUCUGGCAACCCAAGCACUUUCACAGAUGAUUGAAGUAGGCCCAGAAAAUCUCAGCAUUUCAGUGAAAUGCAGUUUUCCCCGAGGCACAAUCCAGGGACAGGCUCGCCCUGCUGACUGGACACCCAAAAACC